AUGGUGGCCGAGUUGGCUGGCAUUUUCACGGCGACGGUCGACGGACAGGCAGCUCCGGACGCAUCUGGCGGCACCUCGAAACAGUGCAAACGACCCAGAUGGAUCCAGACGGCGACGCGUGAGCCAAUCUAUAGCAUCCUCGAUAGCAACGGAACCGUCGCAGCGAAGAGUCUUCCUCCGGAUGUUCAGCGCAAGAUCGUGAUAAUUAGCGCGGUGAGGAACGAGCCGAGUCGCAAGUCUGACGCGGAGUGUGUCUGUUCACCCUCGCGGGGCAGAACGUCGCCGAUUGUCGAGGUCGAGGACGAAGACACUCUUUACAGCGUGGUGAGAAAGCCGAAGAAAGUGCGGUUACCGGAAACGUCCUGCGAGAACGAAGUGAUUCGAUCCAUCGACAAGACUCCGAACGAGAGCACCGAUUCCGGAGAAAAGUCCGGGCAACCGCUGGACCCCGAAGACGCGUCCAGACGAAUCGGGGUGAGGAAGUGGUUGGGAGACACGCCUAGACAGUUACGUUCGGAUCCGCCGGAGAUGUACGCCGACGAAUCCGAGUACGAGAACCCUUGGCCCGACCGUGAGAACUCGGUGGCGCUACCCAGAGGAGUGGUGGGUCUUGUAGGGCCUUACAGAGUGUACGGGAAUCCUAACGAGAGGAGAGAAUACAUGCUCCAAGAGGAGGAGCUCGUCGAAGAGGCGGUGGACUCCGCGAGCGAGAAAGUGCAGGAGCAGGAGGGCAGAGAUCAGCACCGUCAGCGGGCGAAGUGGAAGAUUAGGGAGGAUGACGAGGAAACUUUGGUGCCGGACAUCCGAGAGCUGCCGGGCCUGGAAAGUUUCGCGGAGACGAAAAUGGAGGACGAAAAGAGUGGGAAUGAUGAUUGGAAGAUUGAGCGGAGAUCGGUGUCGAAAAUGGAGAAAUUGGGAUGCGUUGAGGGGAUCCUGUCCGGUAAAGAGGAACGCGCGGUGGAUGUACCGGAUACGGUGUCCGCGGUCUCAACGACACCGAUGAAGGACAAGUGGGCGGGCAAUGAGCAGCACGACAAGGACAGCCUGAACGAGACCGGAAGUACAACGGGUGGCACCGUGGAGGGCGCGCCGGGUGGCGGCCCCAGCAGGGGUGACCGGACUAAGGACAAGGAUGACCACGCAUCCCCGCAUGCAUCCUCCCCGGCGCAACCGGCGAGGUCCUUGGUCUCGAAGAUCCUGUCGAGAGCGCGAACGCCCGACGACCUGCUCGACCACUCGGAACCCUACUCACAAUUAUGGGUGGUCCUCUCGAAUGUGUACGGCGAGCUGAUCGUCGUGCUAACGCUGGCGGUGUGUCUGGCCGAAGUCAUGGACACGCCUGUGCCCCUGCUCAGUUUGCAAGGCAUCUUCCUCAUGUAUCUCUACGUGGGCAGUAUCGCCGUUAUCAUCGGCAUCUACAUAUGGGUGCUGGUUGACAGUUGCAGCAGCUUAAGCCGAAGCCGUAACGGGCUCGGCGACGCGGAACUUGGCGGCGCGUCACUCACCAGGUUCGGGUCGUUAAAACGCGCGCACAUCUCCAGAGCCAGAACCGCACCGACCAGUUUCUAUAUACGCGUCGGCGCACUCUUGUUCGGCCUGGCGACUCUGGUCUUCAACGGUUUAGAAAUGGCGAUGCACUCGAUGAUGCAGGGCGCCGAGUGCUUGACCGAUGUCAUUUUUGUGCAUCCGGUGGUACAUGGCCUGUUCACCUUCUUACAGAUGCACUUUCUCUUCGUAAACUCGCAGGUCCUCGUAGAGCGCUUCGGCCUGGCAGCCAGAUUCGGCUUCACGCAUCUCGCAGCCACCAAUGUCGCGGUCUGGGUGCGUCUGGUGAUUUGGGAUUCCGCGCAGGAGUGGACUUAUUUUGUGCAUUUGGCGCAACACGAACAGGAGACGUCUAUAUCUCCGCUGAAUCUUCGGGGAUUUCCCGGAUCCUUGACAAGGCAGUCGCGGGAUCUUAUAGACGAGCCCACGACGAAAGCGAACUUCAGGCCCUAUCAACCUGUCUCGAACGAGCAAAUUUCGCAAGUGAUCGCGUUGCAGGAGUGCCUAAACACCAAUACCUUAGGGCAGCUGUGGACGUCAAGCAUGCCUUUCCUGUAUCCCUUCAUCGUGCAAUUUAGUCUAAUCGCCGCGGCAGUGACUUUCGUGAUGGGUCAAAACGUCGGCCGGGGUCGGUUUAUGAAGCAAAAGUUCCACGGCAGCAAAGAUCUGAGCAGCCACAGCAGGGUGGGCUGCGACGGUUCCAGCAAGGGUCUCUUUCUAGGUAUCCUCUGCAUGGUCGCCGGCAUCGUGGUGAUUCUAAUCUUCCUCGUGGUGCGGGAGGACGAGAAUUUCCCCUCCGCCACGCUGUCCUGGUUGACGUGCGGCACUCUAAUCGGCAUACUGACCCUGAGCAGUCUGAUGACCGCCAGCGGCCUCGUGCAGGUGCGUCAGAUCUCGGUGGUGUCGCGCGCGCCGGCCGCCCUGGACAGCCUCCUGUCGAACGUCUCGCUCUUCGGCGUGCAACUCUACUCCGUGUUCACCAUCGUGGUGUGCGCGUGCUCGCUGGCCAUGUCGGAUCACGGCGAGACCGAGGACACGCGUGCCCGCCACAUCAUGCUGCUGUCCAUGUCGGUUUUGCAGCUGGUGCAGUGCUUCGCGCAGAGCACGCUGAUCGCCGAAACGUCGCGACGCUCGUGCCUCACGCGUCUCCAGAUGCUGGCGAAGCCCGGCCGGCAAGUCAUCACCUUCCUGCUGUUCAGCAACGCCGUUCUCUGGGCCUUCGACACCGUCAUCACGCAGAACUGGCUGUCGCAGGAGUUGCAGCUGCGGUUCUUCGGCGUGCUCGCUUGGGGCGUGCUGUCCAGGAUCGGCCUGCCUCUUCUAAUCUUCUACAGGUUUCACAGCUGCGUGCUGCUGCUGGAGGCGUGGAACAAGUGCUACAGAACGCCACGGGGAGAGCAUCCUCUCAACUGACAACGCGGAAUCUCGCGCCGACUCUCGUGCAGACCGCACCCUGGCUUGCGAGACCCUCACUGUCCUGGGAGACUGAUGCUUAAACCAUCUAUGGACAACGAAUACGCUUACAAGCGACUAAUG